AUGGUAAUAAUUUGUUUUUUGAAGAAAAUGAAUUUUUUUUUAGAUUUUCGACGUAUUGGUAAUACUGUAGAUAGUCGAGUUCGAGUUACAUCAGACCUUUCUGUUUAUAAAGAACUUGAUCGACUCGCAGAACUUGGAAUAUUAGUUGCUGAUCCGAAGGCAAAUAAUAUGGCUUUUAGGCGUUGCUCACUGAACGUUCACACGAAAACUCUGGACAAAAUUCUUCGAGAGAUUAAAUUACCAGCUUCUAUCGAAUACUGGUUCGACACUCAGCCAGUUGAAUGA